AUGGAUUUCUUAUCAGAUGAAGAAAUGGACUUGGAGUUACCUACAACCACAGAUAUUACUAGAGGUCUAUUCGGUGAUCAAGUGGAUAAGUUGCAUGGCGAGGCCAAAGAGAAUGAAAAGGGCUUUAACGUCGAUGAAUUCCUGAUGCAAAACAAUUUUCAUUACUUACCACUAGACUCACUCAUAAGAGACCUUUCCAACUUGUCUAUUGAAAUUGUACAAGCAUUACUGGGGCAGGUCACUGAUAAUUACGAUAACUAUUUGGCAUUCUUCAGCACAUAUUCCAAGGAUGAAAAUGAAACGUUACUAGAAUUACAGAAGACAAGAGCAGAAUUGAAUAGCUUUAUGACACAUUUGGGACAACUAACGAAAGAUGAUCUUUCGAAUACAAGAGAAACAAUUGAAGACUCUGUUGAAUAUUUGAAAAAUCUGGAUUGUAUAUCUGAACAGCUUAAUGACCAUAAACGUUUGGCUGAUGAAAUUUCACUAAGUAAGAAAUUGAGUAACACAUUACAUAAAAUGUGUGCAAUGGAAGAUAUUCAGGAGCAAUUAUGCGGUGAACUUAUCAAGAAACUAUUUCAAAUAAUAAACAGUUGUCGUGGUUUACUUACGUCGUUGGAAUCUUUGAAUUCUCCAUUUAUUCAUCAUAUACGUAACGAAUACCAAGGGUUAGUGCAGGAGUUUCAAGUAUCACUCAAAAUUCUGACAGAUUUAUGUCUAGAGGACACCAAACGGUAUAAAUACUUGAACAAUGUACUGAUAUCGCUUCUCGCUAAGGACAUAUAA